UGCAUCACAAAGCACCGCUCCGCUAAUAGUCGCGCGAUUAGAGUGUCUUCUUUAAUGGUGACAUCAGAUUCGAGCAGAGUGGAUCCCGGUUGAGAUGAUGGAGUACAUGGAGGAUAAGUUUGCCUUGAAAAGUCAAGCGAUGAAGGCCAGCGAUUACUACAUGGACCAAGUCAUGGAGAGCCUGGACAGCGCGCAGUACUUCACCAAGUCCUCCACGAAGUGCGCGCAGGCCUUCGGGCUCCAGAGCGGCGACCACCGCUCCUCGCCCUGCGGAGACCAAAACGCCAAUUACGGUGUGCCAAAAACGGACGAGGACACUUUGCACUCGGACCUCGGCAGGUCCAUGGACAGUUGUUGCACCCUGCGCGCGUCCCCGGUGACCAGCGGGCAGGAGAAGACGGACUUGGACGACAUGGCGGACAAGUGCGACAGUAACGUGUCCAGCAGCAAGAAGAGGAGACACCGGACCACGUUCACCAGCGCGCAGCUGGAGGAGCUGGAGAAGGUGUUCCAGAAAACGCACUAUCCAGACGUGUACGUGAGGGAACAGCUGGCCAUGAGGACGGAGUUAACGGAGGCCAGAGUGCAGGUGUGGUUUCAGAACAGAAGAGCGAAGUGGAGGAAGAGGGAGCGCUACGGGCAGAUCCAACAGGCCAAAACGCACUUCGCAGCCACCUACGAUUUAUCCGUCUUACCGAGGACCGACAGCUACACACAGAUCUCCAACAACCUGUGGCCGAACCCGGCCUCCGGCGGCUCCGUGGUCUCCUCCUGCGUGCUGCCCCGAGGCUCCCCGCCCUGCGUAACUUCCUACUCACACUCCCCCCGCUCGGCCGCUGGCGCCGCCGACCAUGGCUACAUGGGUUUUCCCAAUCAGCAGAACCAGUUCGGCCACGUCUCCCUCAACAACUUCUUCAGUGCAGACUCUCUCCUCACGCCGGCCACCAACGGCCACCACACCUUCGAGACCAAGCCAGAGUUCGAGAGGCGCUCGUCCAGCAUCGCUGUGCUUCGCAUGAAGGCCAAGGAGCACACGGCUAACAUCUCCUGGGCCAUGUGAUUGUGGGUUUCUGUGCCUGGAGAGGUUUUUGAAAAUGCUCAAAGAGUCUGAAAUCAUAUCAAAAAGCUCAGUGACUCACAAAUCUCACAACUCACCGAUCCUUUGUCAUCUAAAGAUUAGAUGUCACUGCGAGUGAUAUGGCCAAUUUAACAACCAUACUGCCCUACUAUUUAGAUCUGCAUCAUAUAUAAGGCAUAACCAAAAUGUAUCCGUUGAAUCAAGAAAUAGACCCAAAACAGGGCCUGGAUCCAGAGCUUAAGUGGAAAAUGCUUUAUCUGCAUAUUCUUAAAGCUGCAGGAAACAAUCUCAAGAUAGGAAUCUAUGCAGCCAUAAUGUUAUAUGACAGAUAAUCAGCUGCGUUUCUGGUGUGAUGCAGAUCUGCAGUGCGACUCACUGGUAUUAUUCUUAAAAUACCAAAUCAAGUUUCCAGUCUAGACCUUCAUGUAGCUUAACUAAAGUAAGACAUCCAUAUCCUUCAGACUUUCAGGGUGAUGCUCUUUCAGUGUUUUACAGCCCUGUGCAAAAACCCGUUGUACUCUCUGGUCCGACCAGACGGUCAAUGAACCAUGGUGAUGUGAGGAGGUGAGAGCUGUGAAGAAAAAGCUUUCUCUGUUGUUGUUUUUUAAAGAGGAGGGUCAGCAGUGCUUCCUCUUUAUUCAGACAGAAAGGAGUGAAAGGCAGGUGAAGACAGAGAAAACUCAAGGCUCCAGUGGGAUUCACUCCCAUCAUGGGUAAACGUGGAUCCAGAGCAAGGGGGCCUAAACCACUACCUGAUUUCUAAAGCACUGUGAAGAGGUUUCUUUCCCUGCGCCUUUCACCUUUCUCCCCCUCGCUCCAGCUCAGGACUGAGGAUGAGACAGACUGACUUGACGUACUAACGUGUCUGUGUGCUUUGCAGCAAAGCUCUGUAAUCUCUGUCGUCUGCCUCUGUGCUGUAUCACAGGUACAAGACGCAGGCAGCGGAGGCAGAUUUUAAUAUAGUGUUUUGUGUUAUAAAUUUAUCUGGUGAAUGCAUAAUAAAUGAAUGUCAAUGAA